AUGACAUUCCCCUCCCCUACGCCGGCCUUCGCGGCCGCCACGCCAAUCUCCGCGCGCCGCCCUCGCGCGCACUUCAAUUCAUCCACCUCGCGUCCUUCGCGAUCCUUCUCGCUUCCUACACUCGGCCGCAUCCCGAUGUCCAUGUCGACGGCGUCCCACGAGCUCCGCCGUCGCAUCUCCUCCGUGCAAGCCGCCGAGAAGAUUGUCUCCGCCCUGCGCAUCGUCGCCGCCGCACGCAUCCGCGCAUCGUCCGCCGCCGCUCUCCGCACUCGCCCAUUUGCCGAGGAAUUGCAACACAUUCUCGCUUCGCUCGUCCAAGAGGUCCUCACACGGAAAAUCGACGUCCACGCCGUAGCCCACGCUACGCCUCCACACAGUCUCUCCGAUACACACGGCGCACUGCUCGCCGACCCUGUCGUGCAGAAGGCCCUUCUGGAUAAGAUUUACCUCUCAUUGCUGAGUGAUGACGGCGCAGAUCGCACCUAUGGACACAAGGUCAGGAAGAAAUAUGCUACCAUCGUAACAGUGCUCACCGCUGAUAAGGGCUUUUGCGGCCCAUACAACAAGCAGAUUAUCGCGCGUUCUACCCGAAGAAUCAAGGAGCUGGAGAGUAUCGGGAAACCGGUAGAGCUGGUGCUUGUCGGUCGUACCGCAAAACUCUUCUUCGAUAGACAUUACCCCAAUAUCCCUGUGCGGUUCUAUAGCCCAAUUGGACGUUCCACGGAAGCGGAGAGUAUCGCGACUACUCUAAGUCACACCUUGCUCAGUGAAUUUAUUGCCGGUGGGGUUGAUCGCGUUGAGAUCAUCUAUACUCGUUUCGUUUCUCUGCUGUCAAAUGCACCGAGCGCGCGCACAAUUCUCCCUCUCACUCCCACAGGUCUUGAGGCGGUGGGCGAUGAGCUCUUCCAGUUGACUCUAACUACGAAGAAUGGGCGACUGACCACACGCCGCUCUCAAACUGCCCAGACUGGUCUUCAGCCACACUCACACGGAAACGGAACAUCACACGCUGAUGACUACCCCAGACGUUCGAGGUCUUUCUACAGUAUAAGUGAUGACGAGGCCAUCCGACUCUUGAAUUCCAUGUUACCGAUGUACGUCACCAGUCAACUCAUCCGUAUAGUGCGAGAAGCAAUUGCCUCGGAGCAAGCAAGUCGCCUGGCGGCCAUGACCGCCGCCACGGACAACGCAAGAGAUAUAGUUGCUUCGCUUCAAAUGCGAUAUAACAAGGAGCGACAGGCUAGAAUUACAGCAGAGAUCAUCGAAGUGGUUUCCAAUGCGAAUGGAUAG